AUGCGCUUGAUUCUUCCUGCCUUGCUGGCCUUUAGCUGGCUUAAUGGUGUUGCCUCUCUCCCAUAUGGAGAAGAAAUUGGCAAAACAAUUGAAACCCGGGCUGAUGCAGGCUAUCGCUCUGUGGCAUAUUUUGUUAACUGGGCUAUUUAUGGAAGAAACUUCUUCCCAGCAAAUCUUCCUGUCGAACGACUGACUCACGUUCUUUACGCAUUUGCCAACCUCCAAACUACCGGAGAGGUUGUUCUUUCAGACACCUGGGCAGACACUGAUAAACACUUCGACAACGACUCCUGGAAUGACGUAGGAAACAACGUUUACGGGUGUGUUAAGCAGCUAUAUCUGUUGAAGAAGCAGAACAGAAACCUCAAAGUACUUCUCUCUAUUGGUGGAUGGACAUAUUCGACAAACUUCCCAAGUGCGCUUAGCACUGAAACUGGUAGAUCUGAGUUUGCCUCGUCGGCGACCACUCUUUUGAAGAACCUAGGAUUUGAUGGAAUCGAUAUUGAUUGGGAGUAUCCAUCGGACCGCACUGAAGCUGCUAACAUGGUAGCAACGCUCAAAGCACUUCGAGAGUCUUUGGAUGCCUAUAGCGCGGCCAAUGCAUCUGGAUACCAUUUCCUCAUUACUGCUGCUUCUCCAGCUGGCCCUGCGAAUUACCAAAAUAUGGACCUAGCAGGCAUGGAUCAAUAUCUUGAUUUCUGGAAUCUGAUGGCAUAUGACUAUGCUGGAAGCUGGGAUACUAUUUCCGGAGACGACGCCAAUGUCUAUGCAGACACUAGCAACCCAUCAAGCACUCCUUUUAACACUGAUCAAGCUAUUACCUACUAUACAGCAAAUGGCGUUGCUGCCGACAAGAUUGUCAUGGGAAUGCCACUUUAUGGUCGAUCAUUCAUGGCCACAGAUGGGCCAGGUACCAGUUUCAGUGGAGUGGGCAGUGGAAGCUGGGAGAACGGUGUGUGGGACUACAAAGCCUUGCCCUUGACUGGAGCAACGGUAAACUACCAAGAACAGCCAAUCUCGGCAUAUAGCUAUGAUGCUUCUCAGAAGAUGAUGGUCAGCUAUGAUACCCCCGAAGUUGCUGCGCAGAAAGCUGCAUAUAUCAUGUCCAAGGGACUCGGUGGUGGUAUGUGGUGGGAAAGCAGCGCCGAUAAGAACGGCUCAGACAGUUUGAUAACUACUGUCGUUAAUGCAUUUGGAGGCACAGGUGGCUUGCUCCAGAGUCAGAAUGAACUGAGCUACCCAGAUUCUGUAUACGCCAACAUGCAGGCAGGAAUGCCUUAG